AAUUCAACCCUAAACCGGUAUCUUUUCUUUUUCUAGCUGCUGGUUCCUGAACCGCCUUCAAUCUCCAAACCCAGGCCACCGAUUGUUUCUUUUCCGGUCACCGUCAGGUAGCAUAUCCUUCUUCUUCUCUCCUUUUAAUUCUUCAUAACCCCCAAAAAAAGCACCUUCAAACCGGAGAUCAAAACCCAAGCCGCUUUCCUUAACCUUCCUCCAUUCCUGUUAUCUCCAAGAAGCAGAGUCCAUAUUUUCAGCCGCGAGUCAGACACAUAACUCGUGUGUGUCUUGUCGUGUUGAGUCCAUGCAACAGUGUUAGUGUUAGUCAACCCGUUACGUAAUUUAAAACCCUGAUGCAGUUUUUGACUAGCGCAAAACCCACCCUAAUCCCUGCAACCUGUGGAAGAAGAGGUGAAAGGAAAGAAGGCCAAAUCAAGAUGGGUAUGAAACUAUUCAACGACGACGAAGGUCCCCUAAACGACGACAUAUCGAAGAUUGAAAUCAACAACGAGUACGCUCAAAGAUUCGAGCACAACAAGAAACGGGAGGAUCUCCAGAGGUACGAGGAGCUGAAGAAGAGAGGAGACGUGGAAGAAUCUAAUGAAGAAUCUUCUGAAGAAGAUGAUGAUGAUGAAGAUUAUAGUGAUCAAAUUACCCUCAGAAAGAACGAUGGAGAUUUCUUUAAAGCUCUAAUUAGGGUGAGAAGUCGUGACCCUAGAUUGAAGGAAAAAGAUGUCAAGCUUUUUGAGUCUGAUGAUGAUGAAAGCCACAAACAAGAAGAAGAAAGUGAGCAGAAAGAAAAGAAAGAUAAGAAAGCAAUGUAUUUGAAAGAUGUGGUUGCAAAGCACUUGAUUGAAGAAGGGCCGGAUUUUCAGGAACAGAAUGCUGUUGUUAAGCAGAAAAAGAAGGUAAAUACUUACGACGAAGAACAAGAAGAGAUAAAGAAGGCUCUUUUGGAUGCAACACAAGAAUUUGACAAUGAGGAUAAUGGGGAUUUCUUGAGAGUAAAGGAAACAAAGGGUGAGGAUGACAAGGAAAAAGAAGAUUUCAAUGAUGGGGAAUUAAAGAAGUUAGAAGAAUAUUUUGGGAAAGAUGAGAAAAUGGACGAGAACAUGAAGUUCUUGAAAGAGUUUUUUAAAAACAAGAUGUGGAUAGAUAAGGAGGGGAAAGGUGGAGAUCUCGUGAUUGAUAAUGAGGUAGUGGAUGAGGUGUUGAGGGAUGAGGAGGAGAUUGAGAGGCAAGAGGGGUAUGAGUUGGAGUAUAACUUCAGGCAUGAGGAGAAUGCUGAGGAUAGAGUGAUAGGGUACUCUAGGAAAGUAGAGGGAUCAGUGAGGAAGAAGGAGAGCAAGAGGAAAGAGCAGAGGGAAAGGAAGGAGGAGAGAAUGAGGGUUGCAGAAAUGGAAAGGAAGGAGGAGCUGAAGCAUUUGAAGAAUUUGAAGAAGGCAGAAAUUAAGGAGAGAAUGAAGAAAGUUAUGGAGAUUGCAGGCAUUAAGAAAGAUGAGGAGUGCCCAUUUAGUGCAAAGGAUUUGGAAGAGGAAUUUGAUCCUGAGGAGUAUGAUAAGAUGAUGAAGGCUGUAUUUGAUGAGAAGUAUUAUGAUAAUGAAGAUACGGAAUUCAAUAGUGAUAGUGAUGGAAUUGAGAAACCAGACUUUGAUAAGGAGGAUGAGUUGCUUGGACUUCCUAAAGGAUGGGAUGUGCUUGAGUCUCAUGAUGGGUUCUUGGCUGCAAGGGAAAGGAAUAAGCACAAGUUACAGAGUGGUGGGGGUAAUGAUAGUGGAGAAGAAGAGGACUUUGAACACAAACACAAAGAUGAUGGUGAUGAUGACGAAGCUGAUAAUGAGAGUGAAGGAUACAAAAAUGAAGAUGAAGAAGAUGAUGAGGAAAGGAGGGAAGAGGAGACUGAGGAAGGCAAGCGCAAGAGGAAGCGUAAAAUGUCUGUUGUUCAGAAAGCCUUACAGGAAAUGUGGGAGGAAUUUUAUAAUUUGGACUAUGAGGAUACAAUUGGAGACUUGAAAACAAGAUUUAAAUAUGUCAAGAUCAAACCUAAUAGGUAUGGGUUGAAGCCUAAAGAGAUAUUGGCAUUGGAUGAGAAAGAGUUGAAUCAGUAUGUUUCUUUGAAGAAGCUUGCUCCAUAUACGGAUAAGGAAUGGAAGGUACCCAACAGUAAGAGGUACCAGCAGAAAUUGAGGAUUAAGGAGCUUCUCAAGGAGAAGCGAAAUGGUCAAAAGGCUGGUAAGAAGAGGUCAAGAGAUGCUGUUGAGCAAUCGACUUCAAGAUUUGGUGGUGGCAAGGAAGAUAAGAAAGCAAAAUUAGAGGAUUCAGAUGGUGAUAUGAAGCAUAUAUCUAAGCAGGGCAAGAAAAAGCGUCGUCAAGCAUCUACAAUAUCAGAGUCAAGGCGCAAAGCAUAUGGAAUGAUUUCUUCCAAACCAAAGAAGAAUAAACACAAGCAUUGACCAACUAGAAUAAUUCUGUACGAAGCAGUAGAGGUAUUGAGAUUUUGAUUUUAUUCACUUGUGUUUAAAAUUUAUUCUUGUGGGUUGUUUCUUUAUAAUGAAUCUGAUUAAAUUGUCUCCUCAUUAAGCAAAACAAGGAAAGUUGAGAUUUUGUUAUAUACUUUUAUGUUUUCUGGCCAUAGAUUCUGU